CUUUUGAUAUCUACAAGAAACAGUAAGAAAUAGAACAAACAUGUCCUUACUGACAUAUCAGAAGCCGUCGCUACCUCUGAGCUCGGUGUCAUACGGCCCGGAAUACAUCUACUCGCUCAACCUCCUGUCGUCGACGCAAGCCAUCGCCUCUCUCUCCGACCGCUCGCUUCGAAUAUUUGAUCUCACGCGAUCUCGCGAUGGCGGCAGCAUAAAAGAGACAAGCAAGAUCCUAAACGCGCACGUAAAGAACAUCAGCGGCGUAUCAGUGCUUGCAGAUCAACCAAAUAUCGUGGCCAGCUCUGCCGAGGACGGGAUCGUGAAGGUGUGGGAUCUGCGGAGUACAAAGGCAGUUGCGAGCAUGAGCUGUGGCUCGCCUCUGCUCUCGCUGGCGUACUCGCCGCUCACGAAUACGAUUGCUGCCGGAACAGAGCUUGUGUCGCAGGACGCGAAGGUAGUUCUUUUCGAUGUUCGCUCGCCGGCGUCGCCGCUGCGGACGUACGCGGACUCUCAUAACGACGAUGUCACCGUCCUUGCAUUCCACCCCACAACUCGACACUCUCUUCUUUCAGCGGGCACAGAUGCUUUGAUUACCCGGUACGAUACAUCGAUUGCGGAUGAAGACGAGGCAGUAGCUCAGGUGAUCCAUAACGGCGCGUCGGUUCAUCUGACAGGUUUCCUACCUGGUGUCGACGAUGCGAUCUUUGCCGCUUCGCAUAUCGAGACGUGGAGUGUUCACAAGCAGACAAAUAAGGACGACGAGUCAGAAGACGAGAGUAUGCAGAGAAAGGAGUACGGCGACGUGAGAGAAAGCUGGGGAUGCGAAUACAUAAUCGACGUCAACACGCAAAGCGGGUACGUUGCCGUUGGUAGCAACACUACGAGCAAACUAGCACUCAUUCAACUGGAUAGUUCGACUGGUGAGGUUCUGCCUACCAGCAGGAUAGAGUGUGACGGUGCGCAUGCGAAUGAGGUCGUGCGGUGUGCGUGCGUAAAUGAGACGUACGGAUUGAUGCUCAGCGGAGGAGAGGACGGUGUGGUAAAGACGUGGCAGAUCACUAGCUCGGAUCCUGAGGUGCCAGAGGUGGAUGAAGGAGGAUGGAGUGAAAAGAAAAGCAAAAAGUCCAAGAAGCAUCAUGGUUCUCAUGGCUCGCAUGGUGAUCGCAAGGACAAGAAAGACCAUGAUAAGAAGAAGGAUAAGAGCAGGCGGUUUAAGCCGUACUGAUGAUAUUUAUCAUUUAGUUAAGCUAUGUACGAUAUAGAACGAUUCAGUAUUUUGAACAGCAGCCCUUCAAUCUAUUUCCAAUAUAGGUGAUGAUUGCAUUAUCUUCAGUGUGGAGUCGUAG